AUGGCGGAGUCGUUGGAAGAACUCUCCUCCAAGUUCGACGACAUGGCCAAGCAAAUGACCUCCUUCAGCGGGAUGGCGAAGCAGUUCGAGGGCCUGCGGCAGAUGAUGCGGCCGACGCUCGAUUCUGUCAACAGCAUGGGCUCGCGUCAGACGUCUACCGAGGUGAUGCUCGACGAUUUGCGUACCUCGACCGACGUGGCGACGACGACCCUCCGCAACACCACCUCCCGCAUCGACUCGUUGGUGAUGCGCAUGGAUUCCCUGGAGGCGCCGACGAACCCUGGGAGCACCCUGGGACCGGGCGUGUUGGGCGGUCCUCCGCUGACCACGGCCGCGCCGCCCCUGCCAUGGAGUUUGAACCUCAACCUUGCUCUCGGUUCGUCAUCAUGCUCACCUAUGAUGGACGAGGAGCAGCCCAAGGGGCACGGCGAGCACUGCGGCGGGAUUAUGGCAUCCCGACCACAGUCCAGUUCGGAGGGUACGUUCAUCGAGACUCCACCUGAAAACUUGUUUCAGUCGGAUUCAGUUCCUCGUUCCCCGCCUUUUCCUAAGAUAGAGUUUCCGAAGUUUGAUGGAUCGAAUCCCCGCUUAUGGCAAGAUCAUUGUACCAUGUUUUUUGAGGUCUAUGCGGUGCAUCCCUCGCUGAAGACUCGCUUUGCUGCCUUGAACUUCAUCGGCAUCGCCGAGACGUGGUUGCAUACUGUUGAAAGGCGGGAGCGUAUCUCUGAUUGGCCAACCCUCUGCAAAUUGGUGAUGGGACGCUUUGACAAGGAUCAGUACCCCUUGAUCUUGAAGCAAUUUGAGGCCACAGUGCAGACUGCUUCGGUUUCUGAAUACAUAGCUGAGUUUGAGCAGGCAGCUCAUAACUUGUUGCUCUACAAUCCCAACUAUGAUGAGACGUAUUUUGUCACGUGUUUUCUUGCUGGCCUUAAGGAGGACAUUCGCUUGGGGAUUGUGCUGUACAGGCCUCCUGAUGUGGAUACUGUAAAUGCCCUGGCCCUUCUUCAGGAAACUGAGCUUGGACGCUCUAAGGGUCGAGUUCAUGGCAAAAAUGAAUUCAGAGGGUCUUUCAAGACCAAUGUUGAGAAGAUGAAAUUUGGGGAUGGGGACAAGCCUAAGCAACAACCUGUCCUAACUGAAACCGAAGACAAGUUGACAGCACUCAAGAAUUUCAGGCGAAAGAAUGGCUUAUGUUUCAAAUGUGGCAACAAAUGGAGCAAAGAUCAUAAGUGUCCACCUCAGGUUGCUCUCCAUGUGAUUGAGGAGUUAUUGGACGCUUUAGAAGAUGAGGGCUUAGAUAGUGAAGAGUUAGACUCUGAGAUCUUGGAGGAGUCAGUUAUGUCAGUGGGGCAUUCUGUUCCUUCAAACCAAGUCAAUAGGAGAACUAUGAAGCUGUGUGGCAAAAUUGGGAAACAUGAUGUACUCAUAUUGGUUGAUUCAGGGAGUGUGGCUUCGUUUAUCAGUACAAAACUUGCUGACAGCCUCUAG